AUGUUACGUGGCACGAAACGAGUCGACGACGCUCACCCUGGCAACGAAGAUGCGCUGGAGGGUCGCAUGGAGCUGGAUCAAUUCCCCAGCGCCAGCACACUGAGGCAAUCCAGUUUGAUGCAAAGCUGCCCCUUCAAAGGAGCUCCUAAAUGUCCACCCGCAUCUAAAAGGUACCGUACCCAUGAUGGAACAUGCAACAACUUCAAUCGUCCCCGAUGGGGCUCCACGAUGACCCCGGUACAAAGAUUCCAACCGCCAUCAUAUUCUGAUGGAUUACAAGCACCUAGAGUUUCCAUCUUCGGCACCAAACUGCCUUCUGCUAGAGAAAUCAGCGCACUGAUCCACAGCAGUGAGAAUGCUGAAAACUCUGGAAUAACACAUCUUCUGAUGCAAUGGGGACAGUUUCUGGACCAUGACAUCACAUCAUCUUCGCAGUCGAGGGGUUUCAAUGGCUCUGUGCCGCGGUGCUGUAAAGAUGGCGGACGGGAAUUUAUGCCUAAGGAAUUGAUGCAUCCAGAAUGCUUCCCGAUCGCAGUGCCGUCAUCGGACCCGUUCUACGGUCCUCGUGGCGUGCGUUGCCUGGACUUUGUGCGGUCGUCGCCGGCGCCCCGUGACGGCUGCGAGCUCGGCUGGCGGGAGCAGUUCAACCAAGUAUCCGGCUACAUCGACGCAUCACCAUUGUAUGCCAGCUCGGCGAGACAGCAUGCUGCAGUACGGGCGCUUGCAGCAGCGCCGGCCGCUGCUGCCGCCGGAGCGGCGCGACGAGCUGUGCCGCGGCGGCGCGCUGUCCGCCGACUGCUUCAAGUCCGGGGACGGCCGCGUCAACGAGCACCCGGGCCUGGUGGCCGCGCACAUCGUCUGGCUGCGGCAACACAACCGGCUUGCGAAAACAUCAGUGAUAACUAUAGUAAACAGGCUUCACCUCUCACUUUGCUAUUUUCGCUAAGAAGGAUGAAGAUGCAGAGCAAAGAGUACCUUUAUUUAUUAGAACAUAGAGCUAUCAUGCCUAAUAGUCAGCAAAUCACCACACUACAAUAUUUGUAUUUCAGAAUGGCUCAAGAAUUGGCACAUCUGAACCCUCAUUGGAGUGACGAGAAAAUCUACCAGGAAACAAGGAAGAUAGUGGGAGCGAUGGUACAACACAUCACCUAUAGGGAAUUCCUCCCAAUCGUUCUAGGUGGAGAGGUUAUGCGUCUAUUCGAACUGGAACCUCUCAAUAAAGGCUACUACAAGGCGUACAAUCCUAAGAUUAACCCGAGCCCGGCCAGCUCCUUCGGCUCCGCGGCCUUCAGAUUCGGCCACAGCCUGGUUCAGUCCUCCAUGAUGCGUUACGACCGUUUCCACAGACCCAUUAAUAACAACGUGUCUCUCCACAAUGAAUUAACAAAUCCAUCAAACAUUUGGAGCAUGGGUGCCGUAGAUCGGCUCCUACUCGGUAUGGUGAACCAGCCGAUACAGAAACGCGACGAAUUCAUAACAGAGGAACUCACUAACCACCUAUUCCAGACGCCACAUUUUGAUUUCGGUAUGGACUUGGCCGCUAUCAACAUUCAAAGAGGGAGGGACCAUGGAGUGCCACCUUACACAACAUGGCGGGAACCUUGCGGACUAUCACAAAUAACUGGAUUCGAAGAUCUAUCCAGAGUUAUGCCAAAAAGAGUAGUAAGGAAGUUCAAAAGUUUAUACCGACAUGUAGAUGAUAUCGACUUGUUCACGGGAGGAAUGGCAGAAAGACCAGUGGUGGGUGGGCUCGUAGGGCCGACCUUCGCAUGUAUCAUCGCUCAACAGUUUACCAAUCUUCGGAAAGGGGAUAGAUUUUGGUACGAAAAUGGAGGUUUCGAUUCAUCAUUCACUCCAGCUCAAUUACAACAAAUUCGUCGAAUAUCGUUCGCCCAAGUUCUAUGUCGCACUUUAGACACCAUUGACAGCAUACAACCAUUCGUAUUUUUGUCACACGACAAUCCUGACAAUGACAGAAUCUCGUGCCAAAAUGGUUUACUUAAUAACUUUGACUUAUCACCUUGGGUAGAAAUCAACUCUGACCUAAAUAACGACAUAAGCAAAUCCGACGAUAUUCAUUCUAGUACCACAAAACCUAUUAAAUCUAAAACAACAACAAUUAAACCAUCUGAGACUAAAAAGACGCAAACACUAUCCGCAGCUGCUUCUAAUAAAAUAACACAGAAGAGACCACCUCCGCUAGUUAACUCGACAAAAGCUCAAAACGUGACAAAACAAAAACCAACUACUCGACUUAACAAAACUGACACGACAACAAAAGUCAAAAACAAUUCCACCGUUACCGUGAAUCCUAACAAUACUUUAUCAAAAUCAAACGUAACUCAGAAAAUUGACGAUAAACUUGACUUUAAAAAUAAAAGUAGACGUUAUGAUAACAGUAACAAUGACUUAAUUAACACACGAAAAAACCAAAAGGGACCAGAGAAAACUUAUGACUAUGACUACGAUGACGAUCAAGAACAGAUAGUACACAACGUGCAGACCGUUGUCGUAAACAACUUGUCACACAAACGACCGUACCACAGACCGACUGACUUUCUGACUGUGACAGAAAAUGUAAACAAAUACACUUACUUAAUAAACUAUGUACCUAGACCGACUGAAUCAUGGCGACAUACGACUAGAAAGCCUCACGACAGAAAUAAAGACAGAGACGUAAUCAAAGUGACUUACCAGACUUACGGUGACACAUACAGACGACCGAGUAAACCUCACUAUUACAAUAAAAAAGACGACCAACUCGACAGUAGAUACGAAGAAUUUUACAGAAAUAACCGACCAGCAUCACAAACAACUAACAGAAACCAAUUGCAUUCUUCCGCACGAUCUAACGGAGAAUCAAUUUUGACAACUAAAGCUACUGCUGACCAGCCUCUAGAAAAAGUUAGUUCUUCGACUGAAAAUUUUUACAAGCUUGUGACUUUUGGAUACGUUGGCACUUAUAAAGGUGACAUGACUGACCACUUUCAAAAUAAUAACGAGACCGACAUAAUUGACUUAAGACAUGACGUAAUCAGCCAAGACUUUUCCACUUACGAGACUAAGAAACUUGACGCUAUAAAUGAUGACCAGACUGAUAAUAUGAAAUUAUCUACGUUCUUUCUUUAUGAGACGGCGACUCGACCUUACAGUAACCUUCAUAGACCAACAAGACGACACGAUGUACAGAACGACCAAAGUAGAGAUAACUCAAAUAAAUAUUAUUACAUCAAAAAUGUUUUACAUAAAUAUGGUGACUCUGACGUUAUACCGACUGACAAACCAAUUGAACUAAAGAAAGACAUUAUAAGAGAAAACUAUAACAAUCCAGGCGUUCCUUACUCCGUUGACAUAGAAGAAAGAUCUGCUCCCGGGAAAAUGGAUCUUUUGGAUGAAAUAGAAUCGAAAGCAGUCAAAGUUAAAAAGCCAAAUAAUGAAGCAAAGACACCUUCAGUUGCUUUUCAGAUAAUACCAAGCGAAAACAGGUACGUACUCAUUAAAACAGUUUUACCUUACUAGGCACAGUUGCUUUAUAUAUAAUUCCAAUCUUCAAUCCUUGAUUUUUCUAUAUAACCCUAUUACAAAGUUAUAAUGUAUUCUAGCUAACCCAUAUAUCUCUCAGGCAGAAAAAUCAAAUGUUUAUGUCCAUGUUUUGUUACAGUCCCUCUCAAUGGAAGGUCUACGACGAGAAGACUGAACUCUCUGAUGGGCUACCACACCGGAUGCCAUCUAUAAAAGCAGAUCCAUAUGCCUUGAAGGAGAUUCCACGACCCAUGAACCUAAACAGAAUGAGGAAACGACGACCGGGCAAGAUAUGAUAACGAAAAUAAAAUGCCAUAUUUAUAAAGCUAGGUAAAUUAAACGCAGUACCAAGACCGAUAUAAAAUUUACAUAUUAUUUUGAAAUUUAUUUUAUAGGAUGCAGGGAUUUUAACCAAAACCAUUUAUGACGUAAUUGGCUACGAUAUUCCAUAUAUCGUAUUCCAUAAUUAGCUAUACCGAGACUAUUAGACUGAGAGACUGAUAAACGAACUCAACUGAUAUGACCACAAUGACAUAAAAAAUCAUAUCAAAAGACUGACUGACUACUCUUAUUUAGUAAACUCGACAAAAGAAAACUACAUCUUAACUAGAAAUCUCGACGAUUGAAUUUAUGAUUACUUUUUAACUGCUUGCAGAUUUGACAUUUUGAUUGGUGACUGAAUUGACAUUUGGAUUGCUGACAGUAUUGACUUUUUAACUGCGUAA